GCACUCCCAAAUAUGUAGAGUUGAUUUCAGUCACCACCAAGUACAGUGACCAAAAGAUCAACGGCCGUACGUUCGACUCCACCAAACCAAACGUAACCGUGAAAGGGAAGAUCGAACGUGUAAUCCCCGUGUAGAAUUUCCACAGGGAUCAGUUAGCUUCACAUCAUAGAGAUAGGGAACUAAGUUUGAAGUUGACCGUAUUUGUAAAUCAAAAGGAGACGACUUGAUACACCUCUACCGUCAUAAAGGCUUUUUUAGUGACACGGCAACUUUGGCUAUUGUAUCCAAUGGCCCGUCACAUUGUUGUUGUUCGACCCUUCCAGGUGACAAUUUAUCUAAUCAAUUGAUUGAUCAAAUCAUGUAAUAUACGUCGGCAGCAAGUAGUUAACACCGGCAAUCGUAAACACUUCUUAAAUAGAUAAUUUUAACAUCAUUCUAAACGUGUUCAGCUGGAACAUCGCGCCGGGUGCAUGAAGUAGAGAUAAUGAAGUACGCGGUGGUGUUGUGUGCGGUGGUUGUGGUGUUGGCUCGAGUUUGGAGCGGUGUCGGACAAAACCCCAUACCCCACCGACCGCCGAGGGGAUUCGUCUAUCCACUCGGCAAUAACUGCAAUGCCCCCGUCGAAGUUACCGUGUUUGUCGACCUGAUAUGCCCGGAGAGCAAGCAAGCCUGGCCCGCAUUUAAGAAGGUUGCCGAUUAUUACAACAGCGGUUCCGCGGUACAGGUUUCCUUAGAAACAAUUACCUUCCCUCUGCCAUAUCAUCGUGCAUCAUUUCCGGCCGCUCAGGCAUCAUACAUUCUUCGGUUUUUGAAAGGAGCGGCGUCCUACAUGUGGUUCGACUACAUCUUCGAACAUCAGAGCAAAUACUACAAUGACGCCAUUUUGAACACCAAGCAGUCGGAAAUCCACACAAUGUUGGCCAAAGACAUCGCCGCUUCCACUGGUGUUGCCAUGAGCGAUAUCCUGACUCACUUUGAGGAUUUGGAUUCGUCCAGGGAGGAAGAGAUAGUCAUGUGGAAAUACGCCUGCUCCAGAACAGUUUCCGGCACACCCUUUGUUUUCAUCAAUGGCGUCAGGGUAGACUUUUGGACAUCGUGGACCCUGGACGAUUGGAGACGAGUCAUCGACCCACUGCUCGAACCCGAAAUAUAGGCAUGAGGUCGUCGUGCGCGAGCAGUUCAAGGCUAAUUUUACGAUGGUCAAGAAAACGCAUCUUUCACGAAAUCACCAGCCAUAUAAGAUAACACGGCAUCUAAUGAUUAUAGGACACGUAGACACCAUGACUGUAAUCACAGUACACUUUUUUAUAAUAAGACAAAUCGUGGCUGAACAGUACUGUUUGAGUUCUAAUUGUUACAUAAAUGUGUCCGUUGUGUUCAGUCGGUGUCAUAAUACCGCGACUGCCAUCUUGGAUUUUACCCCACUUUUGCUCAGGCGUGCAUAAGUCAAGAAUACUGUGUGAGAAUUACUCAAGAGCUGUGUUUUCAAUUCACCCUUUGCGUCUGGAAAUCGAAAUUGGCAAGGUAAAAUCUACCAUGUUCCUAAAUACGAAUAAAACAUCUCAUUGAGUUCG